UUUUCCUCACAGUCUCCUGAGAUCUCAAAAUGCCGGAACCAGCGAAGUCCGCGCCCGCCCCGAAGAAGGGCUCCAAGAAGGCGGUGACCAAGGCGCAGAAGAAGGACGGCAAGAAGCGCAAGCGCAGCCGCAAGGAGAGCUACUCGGUGUACGUGUACAAGGUGCUCAAGCAGGUGCACCCCGACACCGGCAUCUCGUCCAAGGCCAUGGGCAUCAUGAACUCGUUCGUCAACGACAUCUUCGAGCGCAUCGCGGGCGAGGCGUCGCGCCUGGCGCAUUACAACAAGCGCUCGACCAUCACGUCCCGCGAGAUCCAGACGGCCGUGCGCCUGCUGCUGCCCGGCGAGCUGGCCAAGCACGCCGUGUCCGAGGGCACCAAGGCCGUCACCAAGUACACCAGCUCCAAGUGAGGCCCGAGCGAGCGGCCUGACUCCUAACCCAAAGGCUCUUUUCAGAGCCACUCAGUUGUCAGUGUUAGAGCUGUGAACACAUUCUUCAAGUCUGGGGGGAAGUACAGGCGGAGUACACAGAUGUUUACUAAGUACUUUAAGGUUCCCGGACGUGAAACAGUGCUAUGUGCUGCUUAGGGGUAUGUGCAACUAAACUUAGAAAACACAGCCUGGCAGCGGACGAACACCAUAGUAAGGACCCUGGUGAAUUCCAAGGCAGGGAGAGCUUGGGACUCUUGUUGAGACACAAGUGUUUAACUACUUUUGGAUUAGUUUUGGCGGUAACAUCGAACUAAGUGGUGUUUCACUGACAUCUUUCCUUUGCCUGAUACAUAUUCUAGUAUUUGUACUAGUAAUGGAGGCAAAUGUAGGGAAAGUGGUUAUUUUAUCAAGAGUAAAGCCUGCCCCAAAUGUGGUGUGGAUUGUGAACAUAUAAAGGGACCUACUUUAAAAUAAGACGGAGGGUCCCCACAGACGUGCAAGAGGGGAGCUAUGGGCAGCAGGGCUCAUCCAGGCGAACCCCUGAAUCUAUCUUCCUGGCCCCGUCCUCUGACUUUCCAGGGAGCUGAAGCCAGCCCCAGUGGCUCAUUUCUUUCCUGUAAUAGUUUCAGAGCCACAGCUGUGCUUUCACUGGCCCCAGCUGAACAAAUGUGCCCUCAAAAAACAAACAAAAACACCCAAAAUUAAAAUGGAGCGGGAGCUACUUAUACCUCAAACCUUGAAGGGUUAAAACGGCAAAAUUACAUUUGGACCUAACCUAGGACAACAUUGUAUCCCAAAGAACUGUUCGAAAGGAAAAGAAAGCAAACAUUGUUAAGUACUUAGCUGAUGGGUGACAGACUGAAAAGAAAAACAUGUUUAGACCUCGCGUCACUGUUAACUUUUCUGUGGCGAUAGCGACGCCUUCCUGCGGUGGGUGUCACUGCUCCCCUUCCCUUGCCCCUCAAUUCCUAGUGUUUGUCUCCUUAUCCGGACUCUCUGGGCUCCUGCCUUAUUGGUCUCAAGUAAAUGUUUGCUGCCUCUCA